AUCCAUCAUUUUUGUGAGCAAUACAACUAUAGAGUUUCUCCCAUCUUCUUGUGUCUUGUUCUUGUGAGUUGAGUGAGUUUGAGAGCUUGUGAGAAGGCUGCCUAGCAUCUCUAACGGAAUUGAGAGCUAGGGCCGCACGACCAAGAGUAAGGCCGUGACAGUUGGUAUCAGAGCCUGGUUCUGAAAGAAGAACCGAUGUCCUCACUCCCCAAGAAGGAAGAUAAGAAAGAGCGAGAGCCUCACCAAAGAUGACUGGAUCAGAAGUCCACGACGAUGCGGAGAGGCACCGUGGAAGGGAUACCGUGAAGAAUCCCAAACCAAAGGGUGACAAGUCAAGCACUCGUGAUCCUAUGACGUCUCUAGAGAGGCGUGUCUCUAGAAUGAAGGUGAAGUUGGCGGAAGACAUCAGUGCCAUCGAGGAUUUGGGAGCAAACUUCACCCAAGUCGAAAGCGAUUUUCAAGGUAUGAAUGCUCGUUUGUCGAGCUUGGAGAUUGGUAAUGAUGGCUUACGAGAAGAGCUUGUGGCCCUCAUCAACAACACCAUCAACACAUCCUUGAACAACGCCAUUGAAGUUGUGAAAGAGCAUGUCCAGGCUGAGCUGGUCGGCGUGAAGGAGGAGAUUGCAGACCUCAAGAGUGAGGUCACUCUCGUGAAGAGAGCCAUGGCUAACGGACCUGCCAUCGCACAACCUACCUCAACCAUGGAGAUUCCUAGACCAAAGAGCUUUCAAGGGUCGAGGAAUGCAAGGGAGUUAGAGAACUUCCUAUGGAGCUUGGAUCAAUACUUCGAAGCUUCGGGUAUUCGAGAUGAGAAUACCAUGGUAAAAACUGCACCUCUUUACUUGAGUGAUGUUGCCAUGCUGUGGUGGAGAAGGACCCAAGGCGAUAUCAAUAAAGGGGCGUGCGUGAUGGAGUCAUGGGAUGACUUCAAGAGGGAGAUCAAGAGGCAAUUCUACCCAGAGAAUGUUGAGUUUGAAGCCCGGUCGAGACUAAGGAGGCUUGCUCACGAAGGAGAGAUUCGAGGGUAUGUGAAAGAGUUUUCUGAAUUGUUGCUCGAGAUCCCCGACUACACCGACAAGGAGGCCAUGUUCACCUUCCUUGACGGCCUCCAACCAUGGGCGAAGUUGGAGCUACAACGGCGAGGCGUGCAAAGUCUUGCCGAGGCAAUGGCGAUUGCCGAGUCCCUAGUCGAGUACCACGAGCCGGAGGAACGUGCGGAGUUCGGAGGCAAUGGAGGUGGACGCGACUAUGAUAGAGACACACGAAGGCGUGGUAGACCGGACCAAGGAGGUAGUAAUAAGGUUGAGAAACCACUUACUUGCUUUCUUUGUGAUGGUCCACAUCGUGUGAGAGAUUGCCCAAGAAAGCACAAGUUGUCGGCAAUGAAGGCCGUACUGGCAGAGUGCUCGAGCUCGGAAGAGGAAGCAGAGGAGACUCCAAGAGUGGAGCCCCAUGUCGCGAAGAUGGGUUGCAUGAAGAGAUUGAGCGCCAUCAAGCGGGCGGAAGAGCCUCUCCAACCCGAGCAGCACGGCCAAUGCUUCGUAGAGGCGAAGCUCAACCAAAGGAAAACAAAAGCCUUGGUUGAUACUGGGGCAAGUUGCAACCUUCUUGACGUAGGUGAAGCGCAGAGGCUAGGCAUCACGUACGAGAAGAAGCAAAGAGGGUGGAUGAAGGCUACCAACUCAAGGGCCACAAGAACUCAUGGAGUAGCGCGCCAAGUGCCACUCAAGCUUGGAGGAUGGACCGGGGUGGCGGACUUUGAGGUUGUGUCGUUGGAUGAUUAUCAGGUCAUCAUCGGCACGGAGUUCAUGGUGCGGGAGAAAGCUUUCCCAAUUCCCUACGCCAAUAGAUUCUGCAUCAAUGGCGGAGCAAGAUCGGUUCCCAUGACAAGAGAGCAACUCGAGUCAAACAAGAGGUGUUUGGCAAGGCAAGAGCAGCGAGAAGUGGCAACGAUGGUGGAGGCAGAGACUCACUUGAAGACUCGUUGGAGAAGGACGAGAAGGAGGAGUGCACAACAUCGUGGAGCCAUGAGAGACGAGGAUGUAUCAUCUUCGACUUGCCAAGAGAAGCAAGGAAAGGCCACCAUGAUCGAGAAGGCGGGACACUCAAAGACGCGACGGAGAAGACCGCGGAGGAGUGAGCAACAUCAUGGGAGCACAAGGCUCGAGAGCGAGCCAAGGCCAUCCUUGGUUUGGAGGAAGGUGCAACGAGACCUUGCAAGCAAUGAAGCUAAGGCAAGGGAGGCGUCUGCCGAAGAGCCACGACGAGGGCGUCGUGGAUUGAGUGGAGAAGAAUGUCACCAACGAGGCUCAAGAGUCGAAAGAGGCUGCUCGAGGUCGAAGGAGGCAUUUCGUAGCAAGGACGCGACGAGGGCGUCAUGAGCAUAGGUGGGGGAGGAUGUCACAUGUGGCAGAUGACAUGGCGCCAACAAGGUGACAACAUGGCGGCUGCACAUGUGGCGUGUAUGGAAGACUAGUAGCAUAGAGAUGCUCCUAGGAUUCUCCACCUAAAUGAGAGCUUAAUGGUGCACUUAUGAGUCACAUAAUGGGUGACAUUUAUAGAGUGCAUAAUGGGGGGGGGGGGGAACUUAAUGGGUGUAUUGAUGUAGUAGAGGGACAUUAUGAGGGGCAUUGAUGCCUUGUAUGAGGAGAGGCCUAUAUAAGGAGCCAUCUCCCUCACUUGUAACUCAUCCAUCAUUUUUGUGAGCAAUACAACUAUAGAGUUUCU